AUACGGAACUCCAACCUCUCCUGUCUCCUAACUUGGUUCCAAGAUGGCGGGCUCCUCCCCGUCGGCUGCGGCAAGCGGCGGCGGCUGCGAAGCGGUGCCGAGCACGUCGACCAUCGUGGCCGAGAUGGCGACGGGCUCGCACGUGCUCACCGUCGACGGCUACUCCGGCACCAAGGGGCUCGCCGUCGGCGUGCACGUCAAGUCCGGCACGUUCGUCGCCGGCGGCCACAGCUGGCACAUCAAGUACUUCCCCAACGGCGCCACCGACGAGACCUCCGAGUGGGUCUCCGUCUUCGUCUGCCUCACCGGCAAGUACUCCGACCCGCGAAGACGAAGGGCGCCGCCGCGACCGUCAAGGCGCGGUGCAAGCUCACCCUGCUCCUCGACGGCCGCGACGGGAGGGCGGCAUUGCCGCCGCCGCCGCCGUUCACCAAGAGCUGCGAGCUCCGGACCUUCUCCUCCGGCAAGGGCGGCUCCGAUCAGUGGGGCCACAAGAAGUUCGUGCGGCGGAAGGAGCUCGAGGACCCGUCGAAGCGUCUCCUCCGCCAUGACCGCUUCAGCGUCCGGUGUGACGUCACCGUCGCCGUGGGGAUCCGCACCGACGACACCACCGCGAAGCUCCCGCCACCGUCCGACCUGCACCGCCACCUCGGCCGCCUCCUCAAGACGAAUGCGGGCGCCGACGUCACGUUCGACGUCGCCGGCCACAAGUUCGCCGCGCACCGGUGCGUCCUCGCCGCGCGGUCGCCGGUGUUCAUGGCGGAGCUCCUCGGCCCGAUGAAGGAGGAGGACACCGAGAGCCACGUCGUGGCCAUCCGCGACAUGGACGCGAGGGCGUUCAAGGCCAUGCUCCACUUCAUCUACACCGACUCGCUGCCCAAUGUCGACGACGGCGGCGAGGCGGCGGCCAUGGCGCAGCAUCUGCUCGCGGCGGCGGACAGGUACGACAUCGAGAGGCUAAAGCUGAUCUGCGAGGACAAGCUAAGCGGCGGCGUCGACGCGACCACGGCGGCGACGACGCUGGCGCUGGCGGAGCAGCACGGCUGCUGCCGGCUGAAGGAGGCGUGCCUCAGGUUCAUGGCGUCUCCGGCCAACCUCAAGGCGGCCAUGGCGAGCGAUGGCUUCGAGCAUCUGGCAAGCUGCCCUUCUCUCCUCAAAGAAUUAGUUGCUAAUCUCGCUUUUGGAUCGCUCGACAUGUCCGGAUCAUCCGCGUCCGCCGGCGACGCGCCGCCGCCGACGACGUCGGUGACCGCGUCGACCAUCGUCGCCGAGGUCGUGUCCGGAUCGCACGUGCUCAAGAUCGACGGCUUCUCGCAGACCAUCGGCGCAAGCGACGGCGGCAGCUACGUUAAAUCCGGCAGGUUCGUCGUCGGAGGCCAUGGCUGGCGCGUCGGGUACCGCGCCAACGGCGACGGAGACGACGACGGCGCCGACGCCGGCUGGAUCUCCAUCGCUCUUCACCUCGACGACCCCAAUGUCGAUGGUGUUAGAAAUGGCGUCAGAGCGAGGUUCAAGAUCAGCCUCCUCGCCGCCGCCCACGACGGUAGUCAUCCGCCGCCCCCGCGCAGCGACCAGAGCACAGCGACCAGGUCGUUCCCUCGGUUCAUCACGGCGAAGGCGCUGGAGGAGUCGGGAUACCUCGUCGGCGACAGCUUCAGCCUCCGGUGCGACGUCGCCGUCGUGAAGGAUAUCCGCACGGAGGACGACGCCACCACGGUCAAGAAGCUCGUCGGCGUGCCGCUGCCGUCCGACAUCGGCGCGCACCUCGGCCGCCUCCUCGCCGCCGGGCACGGCGCGGACGUGGCGAUCCACGUUGGCGGCGAGACGUUCGCGGCGCACCGGUGCGUGCUCGCCGCGCGGUCGCCGGUGUUCAUGGCGGAGCUCUUCGGCCCGAUGGCGAUGAGCCGUCACAACAACGAGGAGACAAUCCGUGUCCACGACAUGGAGCCGAGGGUGUUCGAGGCCAUGCUCCACUUCAUCUACAACGACUCGUUGCCGGAGGUAGACGACGACGACGACGGCGAGGUGGCGGCCAUGGCGCAGCAUCUGCUCGUCGCGGCGGACAGGUACGACAUGGGGAGGCUGAAGCUGAUCUGCGAGGACACGCUGUGCAGCCACGUCGACGCCAGCACGGCGGCGACGGCGUUGACGCUGGCCGAGCAGCAUCACUGUGAGAGGCUCAAGGAGGCUUGCUUCAAAUUCAUGGAGAAUCCGAGUAAUCUUAAGGCUGUCAUGGCGAGUGAUGAUUUUCUACAUCUGACAAGGAGCUGCUCCUCUCUUCUUAAGAAGCUGGCUAAGCUGGCUGCCUAAAUUGGGAACAACGUAUAGGAAGUGGAUUUUAAACUCUCGAAGGGAUAUCCUUUUAUUAUUUGCAUGUCACUUAGUUACGAUACAAAUAAAAAAAUAGAAUUUCUAAAGUUCCAUCAACAGAAAAUCCAACCUCAAAUCUUGUAAAUUUUGGAUCACUGGAUGUGCUUCACGAUUCGUGCU